GUAGAUAUAAACUCAUAUGCAUAGCUUGGUAUCUCAAAGAAAUCUCUCUCCUUUGGACAGUAAGGAGAAAAAAAAAUGGAGAGAUACUUUAUGUUCAUUGCCACUUGUGUGCUGAUACUUCAUCUUGUUCAAGCACAAGAUCCAACCCGAUUCAUCAAUGUGGAUUGCGGUCUACCCCCUCACGAGUCUCCUUACAACGCACUCCCAACCGGUUUACCAUAUACAUCAGAUGCGGGUUUAGUUAACAGUGGAAAAACCGGUAUAAUCGCCAAGGAGUUUGAACCAAACUACACUAAGCCCUUUUUGAGACUGAGAUAUUUCCCGGAUGGAGUUCGUAACUGCUACAGCCUAAAUGUCACCCGAGACACCAGCUAUAUGAUCAAGGCCAAAUUCGUAUAUGGAAACUACGAUGGUCUUAAGAUCGAUCCAAACUUUGACCUUUACUUGGGUCCUAAUAUAUGGACAACAGUGACUAGUAAUGAUACUAGAGAGGAGAUCAUUCAUGUGACCAAAUCCAAUUCUUUACAGGUAUGUCUUGUUAAGACUGGGAUAAGUAUACCUUUCAUAAAUGUCUUGGAGCUACGACCAUUGCGGAAAACUGCGUACGUUACUGAAAGCGGCUCGUUCAAGUUCUUAUUCAGGACAUAUUUUAGCAAUUCCGGUCUUAAAAUACGGUAUCCAGAUGAUAUCUAUGAUCGUGAAUGGAAUGCAUUCUUCUUGGAAAAGUCAUGGGCACAAGUAACGACGAAUCUGAAUGUAAACGUUACUAAUAAUUAUGAAUUACCACAAGGUGUAAUGGCAACAGGCGCAAUACCUCUAAACGCUAACGCGACAAUGAACAUUACAUGGACUAUAGAUCCUCCUACUACGAAGUUUUAUUCCUACAUGCACUUUGCAGAGAUUCAGACUCUAAGGGCCAACGAUACAAGGGAAUUCAAUGUGACGCUGAAUGGAAAAUAUUCAUAUGGACCUUACAGUCCUGUACCGCUAAAGACCGAAACCGUACUCGAUGUAAAACCAGAGCAAUGCGAAGAUGGGGCAUGUCUUUUGCAGCUUGUGAAGACGUCAAAGUCAACUCUUCCGCCUCUACUUAAUGCUAUCGAGGCUUUCACGGUGAUUGAUUUCCCGCAAAUGGAGACAAAUGAAGAUGACGUUGCUGGUAUCAAGAAUGUUCAAGAUGCUUAUGGAUUGAAUAAAACCACUUGGCAAGGAGAUCCAUGUGUGCCCAAACAGUUUUUGUGGGACGGUCUAAACUGCAAUAACUCGGAUAUUUCUACUCCACCAACAAUCACUUCCUUAGACUUAUCUGCAAGUGGAUUAACCGGGAUCAUCACGCAUGCCAUUCACAAUCUUACUCACCUCCAAAAAUUGGACUUGUCAAAUAACAAUCUGACUGGAGUAAUACCUGAAUUUCUAGCUGACAUAAAUUCACUCUUGGUCAUAGACUUAAGUGGUAAUAAUCUCAGUGGCUCGGUUCCUCCCUCACUUCUACAGAAGAAAGGAAUGAAACUAAAUGCCGACAACAAUCCCCAUCUUCUUUGCACAACUAGUUCAUGUGUGAACAUAGGACAUAAGAAAAAGAGUAUCAUUGUACCAGUGGUUGCAUCUAUAGCUUCAAUAGCUAUCUUUUUUAUAGGUGCACUCGUCCUGUUCAUUGUUCUCAGAAAGAAAAAGGCAUCAAAAGUUGAAGGGCCACAAUCUCAAAAGGCAAUAAUGGCAAAGAAUAGAAGAUUUACUUACUCAGAAGUUAUGACAAUGACAAAUAACUUCCAAAGGGUCCUUGGUAAAGGAGGUUUUGGAAUCGUUUAUCAUGGUUUUGUGAACGGUACUGAACAAGUAGCUGUAAAGAAGCUCUCCCAUUCAUCAUCUCAAGGAUUUAAACAAUUUAAAGCUGAAGUAGAACUUCUUCUUAGAGUUCAUCACAAGAAUUUGGUCGGACUUGUUGGGUAUUGCGAGGAAGGAGAGAACUUGGCUCUUAUCUAUGAAUACAUGGCCAAUGGAGAUUUGAAAGAACAUAUGUCAGGAACACGUAACCGCUCUAUUUUAAACUGGGGAACUAGACUAAAAAUAGCCGUCGAGUCUGCGCAAGGACUUGAGUAUUUGCAUAAUGGAUGCAAACCACCAAUGGUUCAUAGAGACGUCAAAACCACAAAUAUAUUGUUGAAUGAACACUUUGAGGCCAAACUUGCUGAUUUUGGGCUUUCGAGGUCAUUUCUGAUUGAAGGUCAAACUCAUGUGUCAACAGUUGUUGCUGGAACUCCAGGAUAUCUCGAUCCCGAAUACUACAGAACAAAUUGGUUGACAGAGAAGAGUGAUGUCUAUAGUUUCGGGAUCGUAUUGUUAGAGAUCACCACAAACCGACCAGUGAUAGACCAAAGCCGGGAAAAUCCACAUAUAGCAGAAUGGGUGGGGUUAAUGCUUACAAAAGGAGACAUCACAAGCAUUAUGGAUCCAAGUCUAAAUGGAGACUAUGAUUCUGGUUCUGUGUGGAAAGCUGUUGAACUAGCAAUGUCUUGUAUAAAUCCUUCUUCAACGAGAAGACCUACCAUGUCUCAAGUUGUUAUUGAAUUAAACGAUUGCCUAGCAUCUGAAAAUUCAAGGGCAGGAGCGAGUAGGGACAUGGACUCAAAGAGUUCCAUAGAAGUGAGCUUGACAUUUGGUACCGACGUGAACCCAACGGCUCGGUAGAUUACAUGAAAACUUAUCAUGCGGUACCACGUAAAUUUUUAUUUAUAUGUUUCUGUUUUUUACGUGAAGAAUUAUCAUGGAUACCAUAUUCCCAA